AUGUCUGCAAAAUUUCUUUCAUGCCUAAGUCAAAAUUAUAUCGAACUAUUAGACGAUGAUGAAUAUUACGAUGUUACUGUAGAAGUUGGCUCAAGUAUAACCCAUUACGGUUCUUGCUGA